AAAAUCAUCAUCCGUCACCCUCUAUCCCUCCUUCUCUCUCUCCCUCUCUCUAUCUCUCCCCUCCGUUGUCUUUUUUAAUGUAACUUCUGACUGAUCAGGAGAGCAGGGAGCGUCUGGAAAGCCUGGUCCGGCAACUCCAUCUCUGAUGAAGGAUCUGCUCGCACGGUAUUCCGUUUAAAGCUGGACACACAAGACAGAAAGGAUCAGAUUGUGUAUAAAAAUGUUUUUGGGAUAACGUUGCUUUCCUCGGUGGAUUUUGGCUCAGUGUUGUCUUUAUUCCCUCCUCUGUGGAUGUUAAAAUGCACUGAAUGAAGCUUUCUUUUUGGAUUUCCGAGCUAUGAAGCUGUUUCUGGGUGACUGUCUAUCCUUCACUCGUAAAGACGCACGUUUUAAUUGUAUCGCCGUUAUUUUAUGAGCUUUAUUCGUAUUUCUUUGAGGCGUAACUAGUGUUUAAUUUCGUCAAACAAUGCCGCGGUUUCCUUGAAUGUGUAUUAGUGAUUCAUGAAGACAAACCGUGUGCGUUAAUUAUCGCGUAAAACAAGAGGAAAGUUGGGCGCGCAAAGUUUUGGAGACGGUCGAUAUGGCUAUGGUGGCGUGGAGAAACACGGAGGGCGUCGGGGACACUCAGGGGACCCUCUCCUCUCCGGUGUCCCAGGUCGCACCUCUGUCUCUUCCCGGUGAGCUGACUGGACACAUGAAUCCGGCACCUUCUCUGGAAAUACCCCCUGCAGGAGCGGCAGCACCCCAGGGCGCACCGCCGCCCAAUCCGUCCAGCACCACAACCGCGUCCACCGCCACCAACAAUAACAACACCACCUCUUCCUCCUCCUCCUCCUCGUCCAUGGACAAACACCAGAGCCAGCAGAUCGAGUGCAUCGUGUGCGGGGAUAAAUCCAGCGGGAAGCACUACGGACAGUUCACAUGUGAGGGAUGUAAGAGCUUCUUUAAACGCAGCGUCAGGAGGAACCUGAACUACACCUGCAGGGCCAACAGGAACUGUCCCGUAGACCAGCACCACCGCAACCAGUGCCAGUACUGUCGCCUCAAGAAAUGCCUCAAAGUCGGCAUGAGGAGGGAAGCUGUGCAGAGAGGCAGACUUCCCACCCAGUCCUAUCACGGUCAGUUCGCUCUGACAAACGGAGACCCUCUACAGUGUCAUUCCUACCUAUCGGGAUACAUCUCUCUCCUGCUGCGGGCUGAACCCUACCCGACCUCCAGGUUCGGCUCUCAAUGCCUGCAGAGCAACAACAUCAUGGGCAUAGAGAACAUCUGUGAGCUGGCGGCCCGGAUGCUCUUCAGUGCCGUGGAGUGGGCUCGCAACAUCCCCUUCUUCCCGGAUCUGCAGGUGACGGACCAGGUGGCCCUGCUACGUCUCACCUGGAGCGAACUGUUCGUCCUGAACGCCGCCCAGUGCUCCAUGCCGGUCCACGUCGCCCCGCUGCUGGCCGCCGCUGGCCUUCACGCCUCCCCGAUGUCCGCGGACCGGGUGGUGGCCUUCAUGGACCACAUCCGGGUCUUCCAGGAGCAGGUGGAGAAGCUCAAGGUGCUGCACGUGGAUUCAGCAGAGUACAGCUGCAUUAAGGCCAUCGUACUGUUCACCACAGAUGCUUGUGGUCUGUCGGACGUGGCCCAUGUGGAGGGUCUGCAGGAGAAAUCCCAGUGUGCUUUAGAGGAGUAUGUGAGGAGCCAGUAUCCCAACCAACCAACCAGGUUUGGGAAGCUGCUGCUCCGCUUGCCUUCCCUCCGCACCGUCUCUUCUUCUGUCAUAGAGCAGCUUUUCUUCGUCCGCCUGGUGGGGAAAACCCCCAUAGAAACUCUGAUAAGGGACAUGCUUCUGUCCGGAAGCAGCUUCAACUGGCCCUACAUGCCUAUUCAAUAGAGGGAAAAAGCUACAGUGGUGCUAAGGUCAUCAAAAUGUCCCACACGUUAAGUCAUUUCAGUGCAGCGUAAAAUUUCUGAUGCUUCAAACAAGAGGGGAAAAAAAAGCUGCCAGUGGAUUGGGAUAAUUACAGGCAUUUCCAAUGUAAAAAAAAAAAAAAGUCUCCAUUCAUAUUUUUUCUUAAACCAAUCGCCAUUUUCUUGAAUACCAGAAGAGAGAUCUGCCUUAUUCUGCAUUGCAUCCCUGUAUGUCUAGAAAGAUUUUAAAAAAUGACAUUUUUUUUUGCCGACAAUAAGUGAUGUGACCCCACUGGCAGAUUUUUUUUUUUUUUUUACUCGUUUAAAGAGAUGAAAUGAUAAAUUAUGACAGACGUGUCUAUGGUUUUUGGGAUAGCAAACAAUAUUUAUUGGACCCUGUGUGUAUAUUUAUCGUGCUUGUAAAUUACGUUUUGGCCUCUUUUUAAAAAAAAUAAUAAUAAUGUUUUACGUAUUUUUACCCCAGCCAGUGAGAAAACUGCAGGGAUUGUCUCGUGUUGAUCAAUUUUUUUUGUUUGUUUGUUUGUUUGUUUUUCGUUUCAUACCUUCCAGACAUGGCACUUUGGACUAAAGGAACAGUUCAGAAAGAUUUAACACAGGUGUUUGAAACCCAACAUUAUCUGACUUUAAGCUGUUUGCUCAAUUGUGUACAGACAGAAAGGCGAGAUUAUUGCUCUGUUUUAGCUACUUUGGAUUUUUUAUUUUUUUUUACUCUAUUUGAAUUGUCGACAUACAAAGAAUGAACAAAAUAAAUUCACUUGUUGUGAUCAGGGUUAGUUUGCGCCGAGUAAUGCAUUACUCUUUUUCAUAGUAAGUAAUAUCAUUACUUUCUUACAUGAAUAUUUCCUUAAAUAUUUUAGAUAAUACUUCCUUGCAGAAUUAUUCACUCUUGCCGUAACACUUCAUUUCUACUGUUUUCUUAUUUUUUUUAAAACAUUUUUUUUCCUACUUUGAAUGAUCUGAAACUCAAGAACUCUCAUCAACUUCUCAUCAAAUUAGUGAAUUCUGUCGCACAGAGAAAUUCAACUUUUCUGUUAUUUAUCAUCCAAACAGAGAUGAUGGCAAAAAUAAAUAAGGCAAAGGAGGCUGGCUGAUCUUCUAUUUUUACAUUGUUUUCUUACGACUGGUAACUCGUUACAGGAUGUUAAAAGUAAUGAAAUUACUUGACUGGAUUACUGAUUAAUGCAUUACCAAACAUUUAUCUAUGUUUCCAGGUCUUUUACACUGACUGUCUCAGAGAGAUUUUAAGAGCACUGGACCUGAUGUAUAACUGUAACUACAGUUUCUUUAUGGGAGAAAUGUACACAACUUCCCAGGUCAAGUAACAAAAUCUAUUUCAUUAUAAUUCAUGCAUUUAUGAGCCCAGGCCACUUAAUGGUACAACAGACCACUGCAGGGUAUUGCUGAACUGAAAGUGUGUGUGUGUGUGUGUGUGUACGUGUGUGAGUGCAUGUGUUUGUGCGUAUGUGUGUGUGUACGUGUGUGUGUGUGUGUGUGUGUGUGUGUGUAUUUGUUGUUGACUUCUUUUUUGACAACCACUCUGAUGUACUGUGAAAGCAUAUUGGUUAACAUAUUGGUACCGUAUUAAAUUAUAACUCAAGAUUUAUAAAUAAA